UCUUCUCUGUCUCUUUGUCUCGCUUCCCCUUCUCCGUUUUCCUUCAGGCCAUGACGGCUCCCAACAUCCAGAUGAUCGCCGCGUCGCUCAGGAGCUGCAGCAUCGGGAGAAGCGGAGGGGUGGCUACGCUGCCGCUGACGCCGGCGCCGUUGGUGGCCGCGCAUCUCUUGGAGGCGAGCGAUGAGAGCUCGGGAGAAGUCAUGGUGGAGCUCAACUCCGACACGGCGCUUCCUUACCGGUGGGAGCAGCGUCUUGACAUGCGGACGGGGGAAGUCUACUACAUCAACUUGGAGACAGGCACGAAGACCAGGAAAGACCCCCGGACUGCUGUCAUCGCCGCCGCCACAUAUUCAUCAAGCUACAUCUCCGGCAAAGAGAUCUCCUCCUCCGAUGACAGCUGCUCCAGAGUAGGCGGUAGCGAGGACUACGAAAGCAGCGUCGACACCGCCAACUCUUGCCUCUCCUCCCUCUCCUCUUCCUCUCCCCCUGAUACUGUAGCUGACCCCGGCGGUGCCCAAAUCCUCGUCGCCGCCGGCUGCAGGUCCUGCUUCAUGUACUUCAUGGUCCCCAAGAGCGUCGAAGCCUGCCCCAAGUGCGGCGGCGGCCUCCUCCACCUUGGCCGCUAUGGCUGCGUCUGAACUGCUCCACACUUCGAUCUUGUUCUUGCAUUCUGGAUCAACACAGAAAGACAAGAUCGGACUUUUGUGAGCAAGUUGAAAUCUUUUCAGCUUGUCCUGCAAUAUCUACACUUGGAUAUCAACGACAAUGCCGCAAUUCUUCUCUCCA